CUCUACACACACACACACAUAUAUAUAUAUAUAUAUACAUACUAUUUACGUAUACAUUAUAUAUACAUAUAUGAGCAUGAGCAUGGGGGGAGGAUCAGGUGGUGGUGGUGAUCAUGAUCACAUUGAUCAUGAUGAUGGUAGCCGCGGCGGCGAUCGCAGUCCGACGGUGGCGAUGGUGGCGGUGCAGGUGGGGUUCGCGGGGCUGAACGUGGUGUCGAAACUCGCCAUGGACUCCGGCAUGAGCCCCUACGUCCUCAUCGCCUACCGCAACCUCGUCGCCACCCUCUUCCUCGCCCCCCUCGCCUUCUUCCUCGAGAGGAAAACUAGAAUGGAGCUCACAGGCAAAGUCCUAUUCCAAAUUUUCCUAUGCUCAAUUUUUGGGGCUACGAUGAACCAGAUACUGUAUUUUGAGGGGCUCAAGUAUUCCACACCGACAAUAGCGUGUGCCCUCGGUAACACGCUACCCGCCAUCACCUUCAUCAUGGCCGUUCCUUUCAGGAUGGAGACAGUUGGCAUUAAAUCAUUGGCUGGGCAAGCGAAGGUUGCAGGUACAGUGCUGUGUGUUGGGGGGUCCAUGCUGAUGACAUUCUACAAAGGGAGCCUCAUCAAGCUGUGGCCCUCCCACAUUCACUGGAGAUACGCUGAAAACGCGACCGCCGGCGGCGGCGGCAGCGGGAACAUGGCCCUCGGUGCCGUGCUCGUCAUCGCCAGUUGCUUCGCCUGGUCCAUCUGGUUCAUCAUUCAGACUAAGAUGAGCAAGAGCUUUGCCUCUCCUUACACGAGCACCGCGAUAAUGAGCUUGAUGGCCGGCCUGCAGUGCUCCGUCAUUGGCGUCGGCGUCGAGUGGCGUCUUUCUGCGUGGGCACUUGGUUGGGACAUCAGGCUCGCUGCCGUCCUCUACAUCGGGAUCAUUGGCUCCGGUCUCGCAUUCGCGCUCAUGUCUUGGUGCAUUCAAAAAAGAGGUCCCUUAUAUGUUUCGAUGUUCAGCCCUUUGCUACUCGUCAUAGUCGCAAUCCUCGGAUGGGCCAUCCUUGAUGAGAAGCUAUAUGUUGGGAGCGCCGUGGGAUCGGCUCUUAUAGUUGGAGGACUCUACAUGGUACUCUGGGGGAAAGGGAGAGAGAUGAAGAAGAUGAUGAAUUUGGACGACAAAAUAGUUGAAGUAGUGCAACAAGAGAGAGGGGUAGUUGGCUCUCCUACCUUGCCUAUUUAUCUCAACAGCAGUAAUCAGGAGGAUCAGUGUGGCCAACCAUAGAAGGGGAUUUCCUUUUUCCUAUCUUCUGAAUCCUAGUUUGGGAUUGCAUUGUCUAGAAACAAAAGCAUUGCAUGUAUUCUGGGCUCUUAACUUGUGCAUGUACUAAAAUGUGAGAAUGACUGUGAACAACAAUUACAAAUAUCAUCAUCAUCAUCAUCAUGUC